AUGCAGGUUCCUCUCUUACGUCUGCAAUGCGGUGAGUGAAUGGCUGUCUGCAAGCUCAACAGACGACAUUCGCUAAUCAUGACUUGAAAGGUUGCAACAGCUACGAAUGGGGUCAGCAUAUUCAACCAAACGGUUGUUGUUCAUGCUGACACUUCAAAGGCAAGAUCGGCAAGGACUCGGCAGCAGCUCGCUUUGCCUCUGCGACGCCUUCUAGCGACUUUUCUAUCCAGCAAGACAAACCCUACGCAGAAGUCAGUCGCCACCACAGUCCACUUGAAUCUCUUGUUGACACCUCCUAGCUAUGGAUGGGCACACACCCUUCCAAGCCCUCCAAGGACCUGGCCACGGGCCGAACAUUGCUGGACCUCGUUCAAGAUAACCAGGCACUGAUGUCUAGUGCUGUUUCGAAACGAUACCAACAGAAGUUGCCAUUCCUCUUCAAAGUCUUGAGUAUCAACAAGGCUCUAUCGAUCCAGGCUCACCCUAACAAGAAGCUUGCCGAACAACUCCAUGCCAAGGACCCAGAGCACUACCCCGAUGACAACCAUAAGCCGGAGAUGACAAUUGCCAUUACUCCCUUUGAUGGCCUUUGCGGAUUCAGACCAUUGAACGAAAUUGCCCACUUCUUGCAGCACGUGCCGACUUUGCGCCACCUGAUCGGAGAAGAGAAUGCAAGUAACUUCGAGAAGACAGUCAAGGGACGGGAGACUACCGACGACAGCAGCGAGACACAGGCUAACAAGAAAGCUCUUCAAAGCGCCUUCGCGGCUCUCAUGAAGUCGAGCCCGGAAGACAUCGAGAAGAAGGCUCCAGAGCUUAUCAAGCAGGCCAAGUCCGAGGGUGCCAAGUUUGCGGGAGAAGGUGGACCUGCAAACGAUGGCAAGGAGUUGGCUGACCUGAUGGUCCGCCUGAACGACCAAUUCCCAAACGAUAUCGGCCUUUUCGUAACAUUCUUCCUGAACUACGUCAAGCUCGAAGUAGGCGAGGCCAUGUUCCUGAAGGCGGACGACAUCCACGCCUACCUCUCUGGCGGUAAGUAACCUCCCAUGGCUGUGUGAACGACGGUCACUAAUAUUUCGCAAGACAUCAUCGAAUGCAUGGCAUCCAGCGAUAACGUCGUGCGCGCGGGCUUCACUCCCAAAUUCAAAGAUGUCGACACCCUCACCUCUAUGCUAACUUACUCCUACGCACCGAUCAGUGAACAGAAGAUGAACCCAACGGACUUCGCCUUCGUGAAGCUCAAUACCACCGCAUACAGUUCAAACUCCCAAUCUACGCUUUACGAUCCACCAAUCGAGGAGUUCAGCGUGGUCAAGACCGACCUCAAUGCUUCCGGCAGCAAAGCUACAUUUGAGCCCAUCGAGGGUCCUUCAAUCAUCAUCUGCACCAAGGGCCAGGGCAAGAUUAGCGUGGGGCCCAAGUCGGAGGACAUCGAGGAGGGAUAUGUGUACUUCGUCGGCGCCACAGCUGAGGUUGCUCUCGAGAGCAAGGGCAACGAGCCGCUCGUCACGUUCAAGGCGUUUUGUGUGCUCAGUGACGACGGAGAUGGCGUGAGUGGAAAGAUGUGA